CAAAAUCAAACACUUCUCUCUCUGAAACAUACGUUGGUAGAGAGAAAUGAGGAUGGUGGUUGUGAGUUAGCUUUAUCUGAAACUGCUGGUUCUCACUGUCUGAAAGGCAGAAAAGUUAACGACCAAUGGCCACCAUUGCUUCUUCCUCAUCCACUGUGCUCUUCUCUGCAUCUUCUUCCAACCUCCUUCCAUUUUCACACCCUUCUACUUCGCGCCUUUCUUUCUCCUCUUCCCUUUCCUCCUCCUCUUCUCUAUCAAUUUCUCAUACCUUUUUAUCACACACUUCUUCAACUUCUAGACACUUUGUUAACCACUCUGCGUUCACCAUCAGUGCCAGUUCUGCUGAGAAGAAGAAGGUGCUCAUCGUGAAUACCAACAGUGGCGGGCAUGCCAUUAUUGGCUUUUACUUUGCAAAGGAGCUUCUUGGUGCUGGCCACUCGGUCACCGUGCUCACUGUUGGUGAAGAAGGCUCAGACAAGAUGAAAAAAACUCCUUUUAACAGAUUUUCAGAAAUUGUGAGUGCUGGAGGGCGCACGGUAUGGGGAAAUCCUUCUGAAAUCGGAAGUGUUGUAGGAGGGGAAGUGUUUGAUGUGGUCUUGGAGAACAAUGGCAAGGAUCUUGAGACCGUGAGGCCGGUGAUUGAAUGGGCUAAGAGUUCAGGUGUCAAGCAAUUCUUGUUCAUCAGUAGUGCUGGAAUCUACAAACCGACAGAUGAACCUCCACAUGUUGAAGGGGAUGUUGUUAAAGCUGAUGCUGGUCAUGUUGUUGUGGAGAAAUACCUUGAAGAAACUUUUGGAAGUUGGGCAGCGUUCCGACCACAGUACAUUAUUGGGUCUGGCAACAACAAAGACUGUGAGGAGUGGUUUUUUGACAGGAUUGUUCGGGACAGACCUGUGCCAAUUCCUGGCUCGGGGUUGCAACUCAGUAAUAUAACUCAUGCUAGGGACUUAUCCGCGAUGCUUACUCUAGCUGUUGAAAACCCAGACGCUGCUAAGGGUAGCAUUUUCAACAUCGUCAGUGACCGUGCGGUGACUCUGGACGGAAUCGCCAAACUCUGUGCUCAAGCUGCAGGGCGCCCUGCUAACAUUGUUCAUUAUGAUCCAAAAGCUGUUGGAGUUGACGCAAAGAAAGCUUUCCCUUUCCGCACCUACCACUUCUAUGCAGAACCCAGAGCAGCCAAAAGUAAAUUGGGAUGGGAAUCAACCACAAACCUCCCAGAAGACCUAAAAGAACGGUUUCAGGAGUACGUAAAGAUUGGAAGAGACAAGAAGUCAAUCAAGUUCGAGGUAGAUGAUAAGAUUUUAGAGGCAUUGAAAGUUCCUGUGCCCGUGUGAUCAAUUCAUAUCCAAAAUGUAUGAAACAUAUAUCAAACAAGAUUGUAGUAUGAUCUUUUGUCCCUUAAUUUCAAUUACGAGUUAAGGUAAAAAAGAAGAAGCUUAUGAUGAUUUUAAGUAGCUCACUUAGUAUGUCAAUUACAUUUCUUUUGGGUAUAUGGAGUUGAGUCUUCUCUUUA